GUAACACAUUUGUACCCCUUAUUUAUUAAGCAAAUAGCUGUGUAUUUAAUUCUACUGUGGCAUAAACAUGAAAAUGCUAUUUUCUCCAUUUUGUCUACCACUGUAGGUUUGGGUGUGUGUGAAUUUGUGUGCAUGUAUGUGUCAUGUGCAAGGGGCCCAGCAAUGUUGAAACAAUAGAUGGGUUGAAGCUGUAUGUAUGUAAAUUCAAUACAAUGUCUGAAAGCAUUGACAAGACAUUUAAACCACAUUAACUUUGUAAUGUAUGUCACCUUGCAUCAUACACGGUAUUUGAUAGGCUGAAACCUCUUCUGGGACAGUUAACUGCCCACCAUUGGACUUUCUCUGCAUUCUAUCCCUGUGAUUUGUAGCUUGCGGACGCAAAUGGCUGCUCAUCUCACAAGUCAUGCCCCCUGUGAUAGGAGAGACUUUCGGUGCUAAAUUAAGACCACGGUAGCACUUGUGGCCAGACAGACUUAGAACAUGUACUCAUUGGCCAGCUGCCCUGUCGCUCAGCCUAACAAGAGAGAAGACCAUCACUAAUAGUUUACGGUAGAGAGUGUGUCCAGAGCCAAAUUUAACCCAGGGAGGGAGGGUGGCUUGGACCUGCCUGUGAGUAUGUCCAACAAGAGAGCCUUUGCUGUUGGCGAGUGGAACUGAGACCCCUGGAUCCCCUGCUAAUCCCCCCCCCCCCCGACCACCACCACCAACGAGGCCUGACGACGGGGGGUCAGUCGGUUGUUCUGCCUGUGGCACGGAGCGUCUGCGGACAGGGAGAUCGGAGUUCCUUUUACUUUUCCUGUCCAUUCAAGGACAUUGCCGGCGGGGAAGGGGGCCAACAGUCGGCCUUGGACGGGCCCUGGCAAGCGAAGAGACGGGGAGGGGAGCAUCCCUUGUGCUCCACCACCACCACCACCACCAAGGGAUGUAAACACUGACAAGAUCUGACCUCAUCUCGCCAUGGGGGACUGGAACCUGCUCGGCAAGCUCCUGGAGAACGCCCAGGAGCACUCCACCGUGGUGGGCAAAGUGUGGCUCACCGUCCUCUUCAUCUUCCGCAUCCUCAUCCUCAGUGCGGCCACUGAGAAGGUGUGGGGCGACGAGCAGUCGGGCUUCACCUGCGACACCAAGCAGCCCGGCUGCGAGAACGUGUGCUACGACGUCACCUUCCCCAUAUCCCAUGUGCGCUUCUGGGUCCUGCAGAUCAUCUUCGUCUCCACGCCCACGCUCAUCUACCUGGGACACAUCCUCCACCUGGUGCGCAUGGAGGAGAAGCACCAGCAGAGGGACAAGCUGAAGGAGCAGCCCGGGGAGAAGCAGGGCCUGAUGGAGGUGGCCAAGCCCAAAAAGCUGGUGCGGGACGACCGGGGUCGCGUGCGCCUGCAGGGGGAGCUGCUGCGCACCUACGUGUUCAACAUCAUCUUCAAGACCCUGUUCGAGGUGGCCUUCAUCGUGGCGCAGUACCUCCUGUACGGCUUCGAGCUGAGGCCCAUGUACACGUGCGACAAACACCCCUGCCCCAACACGGUCAACUGCUACAUCUCCCGGCCCACCGAGAAAACCAUCUUCAUCAUCUUCAUGCUGGGCGUGGCCAGCGUGUCGCUGCUCCUCAACCUGGUGGAGAUCUACCACCUGGGCUUCACCAAGUGUCGCCAGGGCAUCAGCUACCGGAGGGGGCGGCUGCUGGCCGCCGCAGCCGCCGCAGAGGCUAAGUCCAAGGAGCUCAGCGACGCGGCGGCGCCCUUCGCGCCCACCUACGACGACUACUUCCACGGGCACCACCAGGUGUCGCCGGCGUACCCGCCGGUGCCCGGCUACAACGUCUCCCCCCUGUCGGAGGAGACAGACUCUCCCUUCCAGCCGUACCACAGCAAGGCCGCCUACAAACAGAACAAGGACAACCUGGCGGUGGAGAGGAGCGGCAGCAGCAGGCCCGAGGAAUGCGACCCGAGAGGUAAGAGUACGGGCGCGGGGUCGGCGCCGGGGUCACCGGGCCUGGCGAGGUCCAGCGGCGGUGGUCGUCAUGGCAAGCACAGCAACAACAAGACUAGAAUAGACGAUCUGAAGGUCUGAGGAAGGGAGAUCGUGUUUUUCUCCAAGGGGUCUUACAUUUCUUGGGCGAAGGAAGGGGGGGGGGGGGGGGGGGGGGGGUGUGACCCUUUUACCUUUCACUUGAAGACUGUCAAGGUUUGAAAGGCGCACACUCAGUAAAUGCAGUGGUGAAGCGACCACAUGUAAAAACGGAAACGUUUAUCAUGAUAUAUUUUUGUUCCUUAAUAUGACUUACAGUAUGUAUUGGCAUUCAUGUGCUAAGGAAGCACAUUCUUCUUGUUGCACUGGCUGCUCAAAAUAUCACACGUUAGGUAUGAACAGAUUAGAAAGCAGGCAAGUCGAUUAAGGACGGAUGAAUAAUUCUGCAUUGUGCCAAUAAAUAUUUGAUAUGAUUUGCGUUCUCAUUGUACUCCAUUUAGGAAAAACCACCAUCAUCUCUUAUCUUACAGAAACAACAUUCGAAUAUACAUCAGUUAGAUGUUGCUGUCAUUGUAUUUAUGUAAUUUAUCUUUUACCCUUUUAACAAUAAAUGUGAUGUCAUAAUAACGUAUAAUAAAUAUGUUAUAUAUUAUAAUGUUAUAUAAUUUCAAGAUGUUUGUUAAAGGUUUACUUAUGCAUAGUCCUCUCUAUUUCCAGAAACACUGUUAAUCUAUAUGAGGCUCUUGACCUCGUUUGAAGUAUUCAGAGAGCUCAAGUUAAAGUUACUUUCCUAAAUCAUUUGAGGCUUAUUGUGCUUGGUAAGACUUGACAGUGAACUGAGUUCUACAAUGCCUGAUUAUUGGAAAUACUAUGAACCGAUGAAGACUUGGUCCAAGUCAUAUAAGAAAAAACAUUUGUUAGACCAUUUUGAAUAUUAUGUUUAAUUUAUGUUUUAUCUGCUUUUGGUUUUCAGAAAAACUGUUGUUCGGUUUUUGUACUACAAAUAAAUGUCACCCAAACUGGAAUACGUG